AUGUCGGACUCACGCCUGUACUCCUUCUCUCCCGAGACGAGAGAGAAGCUGCGCAAGUUCCGCCUGGGAACUUCGAGAGCCAAAGAUCCGCAGGCUAUAAUAUAUAUGAUCGAUGCAAAGAGCCAGGAGAUCCGGCCGGUGGACGAGGAGGUCUACUCCAAGAUGGAAGAUCUGGCAGACGAGCUACCCGACUCUUCACCUCGAUUCAUCCUACUCAGCUAUCCCUUGACCCUGGCUGGCCGCCUUGCCGUCCCCUAUGUGCUGCUCUACUACCUGCCCGAGAACUGCAACCCGACACAGCGGAUGAGUUAUGCCGGUGCCGUGGAGCUGAUGAGGAGCACGGCGGAGGUAAACCGAGUAAUCGAAGUCGAGAGCGAGAUGGACGUCAUCGAGAUCGAGAAGAGGCUUCAGGCCGCAUAA